CAUCCCCCCGGCGGGUCUUGAACCGGCUUCUAGUUGCUGAAUUAGAUUUUUCAGCCACACAUCCUCCGCUGCCAUGACAACCGUUGAAAAGCUGUGUGUUGGCCAACUGAGGAGGAGUUUGUUGUAAGUUUCAGGAGUUUUUCACGGCAGAACCAGACAGCGCCGGAAUGAAGUUUCUGUGAGGCGGCUGUGAGCUGAUCAGAGGAGAACAAGAACAAGUUAUUUUUCCAGUCAUCCUUGAAGGACCCGGAGGUGGCCAUGUUUUCCCUGUCUGAGCUGGCGCCUCUGAACCAGCAUCAGAGUAGGUGUAAACUGUUGAAGCCCUGGUGGGAGGUCUUCAUGGAUUACCUGGUGGUCCUGAUGCUGAUGACUUCUGUCCUGGCUUGUACUGAGCAGUUAUCCAGGGACCGAGUGGUGUGCAUUCCCUUGGAUCCACUUGUCACUUCAAAUACCAGUCAUCACGUACCCUCAACCGGCGGGGAUGCAUUGACUCCAUCUUCAAAGCCCCCAACCCAUGUUCAACACAACAUCAGCCCAAAUCUUCACUCUACACCCCGGGGUAGACGCACACAUCUGGUCUACCAGCAGUAUGUUUACAUUAGCCAGGUGUGCUACCAUGAGGCUUUGCCUUUGUGCUCCCGCUUCUUCCCGUAUAUUGCCAUGCUGCAGUCUCUAGUGCUGGUAGCCAGCGGCUCCUUCUGGCUCCACUUCCCCCGCACCUCCGCCCGCAUAGAGCACUUCCUGGCCAUCUUGGCAAAGUGCUGCGAGUCACCCUGGACAUCUCAGGCCCUGUCUCACGCCGCCCAGCAGGAGAGCAUCCAAGAGAAGGAGGUGGUGGAGGAGAGGCGACCAACCCAACCUCCUCUCUCUUCAUCUUCACCCCCGGUAACACGCACAAGGCGAACAAGCAUAGACUCGGGCACAGACAGCCCGCUUUUGAAGAGGUCAGACAGUGCGUCAUUCGCCGCCCCUCCCUCCCCGUGCCCCUCCUCACUCUCCUGUAACUCCACCGUGUCGUCUAUAUCCCUCGGGUCCCAGGUGCACUUUCCUUCUUCUAAGCCCUCACUCAUGAUUGACAGUCCCAGGCAGGUAAUCAGUCUGAAUAAAAGUGAUGGGGAACAGGCCAGGGCGCUGUUCGAAAGGGUCAGGAAGUUCCGGUCCCAUUGUGAAAGCUCAGAUGUCAUCUAUAAGGUCUACUUGGCGCAGACAAUAUUCAAAUUGCUGAUGGUGACGUUGAUCUUGAGUUACACCAUCCCUCUUCUCAGCUCCCUCUCCUUCACCCACACCUGUCACCCUGAGGAGUGGGCCUUGGUGGGCUACGCCGCCUUUGAGUGCAUCCAUGUGCUCUCCUCCCUUCUACGCAAACUGCUGGUGGCUUACCUGACCCUACUGGGGCUGUACGGCCUGCUGAACCUUUACACCCUCAGCUGGAUUUUACACAGCUCUCUACGGCAGUAUUCCUUCCACUCACUGAAGGAGUUGUGCUCCCUGAGAGAUGUUCCUGACCUGAGAAAUGACCUGGCCUUUCUUUUACACAUGUUGGACCAGUAUGAUCCUCUGCUGGCCCAGCGUCUGUCUGUUUUUUUGUCCCCCGUAAGCGAGAGCAGGCUGCUGGAGGAAAGCUUGGAGAGGCGCUGGGGGGAGGAGAAGCUGCGUGCCAUGACUAGCGUGGAUGCAAAGGGCUGCUCCAGACUGCAGCUGGUGGCCCUUCCUCGCCUCCCUCCAGCCCUCUUCACCCUCAGCCAGCUUCAGGUCCUCAAACUGGAGCUCAUCACAGACGCCAGGUUUACUGCACAGGUGGCCAACAUGACCUCACUCAGGGAGCUUCACCUCUGUCACUGCACCUCAGCGGUGGAUCCCAGUGCACAUGGAGUCCUCCAGGAACGUCUGGAGGUCCUCCACCUCACCUUUUCUCACGCAUCAGAGAUCCCCAGCUGGGCCCUCUCCCUCCGCAGCCUGCAUGAGCUCCACCUAUCUGGCCGCCUGAGUAGCGACGGCGGGGUGGGCCGCAGCUGGGCACUGGGGAGCCUCCGCCAUUUACGUCACCUCCGUGUGCUGGUGAUUCGAGGCAUGUUACAGCGGAUCCCCGGGGAGCUGUGUGAGGUGGCAGGCAGCUUGGUGAGGCUGGAGGUCUACAAUGAGGGCACCAGGCUGCUCGUGCUGACGGGCUUGAAGCGUAUGGUCGAUCUGACCGAGCUGCUGCUGCAGGACUGCCGGCUAGAGCGUUUGCCCUCUGCCCUGCUGGCUCUCACCAACCUGCGGACACUCGACCUGCAGCAUAAUAACUUGAGAACUCUGGAGGAGCUGCUUAGCCUGGCUCAUCUGCGACGUCUUUCUUGCCUCAGGCUUGCCUAUAACCGUGUUCUGGCCCUGCCGGCCAGUGUUGGCGUGCUGCGAGGCCUGGAGCUCCUAGAUCUAUCCAACAACCAGCUUCAGAGCCUCCCCCCGGCACUCUUCACCCUUCGCCGCCUUCGUCGGCUCCUGCUGGCUGGUAACCUGCUAGAGGUGCUGCCUGCAGAGGUGAAGGCGCUGCAGCUGCUUACGGAGCUGGACCUCAGUGGGAACAGGUUAGAGAGCCUCCCCCCUCAGCUCUUCAGUAGCUGUUUGGAGCUGCACAUCCUUAAUGUGGCUCACAACUCUCUUAGCUCAUUGCCCAAAGGGAUUGCAGCUCUGAGUCAGUUGUGCAGGUUGGACUUGCGCAGUAACAGUCUGGAGGAACUGCCAGCUGAACUGGGCUGCUGUUCAGGGCUGAAUGGAGGUGGUCUCCUGGUGGAGGACUGGUUGUUUCUUUCUUUGCCUCCUCAGGUCAGGGACUUCCUGAGCCGUUCUUGCCCCCCCUCUGGUACACACUCAGAGGGUCAUUCCCGGCCGGAGUCCGACAGUUUCCCAUACUUCUGUCCUACACAGUGGAGCUUCUCUUCAGCUCUGGAAUCACAGAUAUAAGCAUCCUAACACUGAUAGUAUUCUGUUAGUUAGGCCUUUUUGUACACUGAUAUAUUUGUAUGACCUUUAAUGGGAUUUGCUUUUGCAAUGCUUUUGGCAAGAUGUUUAUCAGCGGGUCUUUUAGAAUUUUUGUUGGUUCUUUUAAUGUGAGGUUUUAACAACCAUUAUUGUUGCAUUUACAUAUUAGCCCACAUAGUAGGCUACACAUACUGCUACAUAUUGAUUUUUACCUACCUACUUUAAAUGGAAGUGGCGAAAAAAACAUUCAAAAGGUAGUAUUUCUUGCAGGGCUCUCUCUGAAUAUAUAACAUGGAGCACAGUUUCAUGUUGUUUGAUAACAAAGCGUCUAUUAUUAAUACAGAAACUAUUACAAUUAGUAUUAACGUGAUAAUGAAUACCCUAAUUGAUACUUCUAAAUGAUAAUAAUAAUAAUCUGUAUAAAUAUCUGUAUUAUUCCCUCUGAAGAGCGUGCUGUUGUCGUCUCUUACUGUGACCACUAGCGAACAGUUAACAUGAAUAUUUCUUCAUAAUUUCUGUUGAUCUGUUUCUUGAGAUAGCUCCUGUUUGGACACUUUAUUAUGAAAAGUUCUCACCGAAUGCUAUCAAGUCCGAACUGAUGCUGGUGUCCACACCAAAACAAAAAAUGCUAAAAUAAAACGGCUCAUUAUUAACAAAACUAUUAUCAAUAUUGCUGUUUCCGUUGUUGUUUGCAAUCAUCACUCUUAUAAUGAGUUGUGCGUAUUACCAAUAAUUUUACUGAUAUUAGCACUGUGUGUUUCAUUUUGUGUUACAGUUUCUUACUGUGACCA